AUGAUGGCUCAGCCCAGGAUGUCCAUCAGCCUCCUCUCCCACGUGUCCACCAGGCUGUCCGAGCCCAGCAUCCCUUGCCUCAGCAGUGGGGAUGAUGAUGAUGCCCACGCCAAGGGCCCGGCCCCCAGCCCCGAGCCCGCCGAGCCCCCUGGUGCCAUCCUGCUGCCCGUGAGCUACCGCCUGUCCAACACCCGCCUGGCCUUCUUCCUCAAGGAGCUGGGAGCCAGCCCGGUGAGCAACGGCAGCGCCCCUCUGCAGCGCUCCGAGCCCUUCGUCGUCUUCCAGACCAAGGAGCUGCCCGUCCUCAACGUCACCCUGGGACCCUUCAGCACGGGGCUGGUGCUGCCCAAGGAGCACCUGCAGCCCUCCAGCACCCUGGAGGUGCCCGACCGCCUCACCGUCAACUGGAAGGUGCGCGCCUUCAUCGUGCAGCCCCGGCUGGUGGCCAGCCAGCCCGUGGUCCAAGUGCUCUUCUACGUGGCCGGCCGGGAUUGGGAUGACUUUGAUGUGACGGACCGGCUGCCCUGCGUGCGGCUCCACGCCUUCCGCGAUGCCCGAGAGCUCAAGAGCUCGUGUCGGCUGCGGGGCAGCCUGGCCAUGUGCCUGGUGCAGGCUGAGCUGCCCCACGCCUGGUUCGGUCCCUCGGCAGUGCCGCUGGGCAGGAGGAAGAGCCCCGAGAGCCUGGAGCUGGUGCCGGGGGAGAGCCAGCAGGCUGAGCUGUACUACACCCUGCACGCCCCCGAUGCUGCCGGGCAGUGCCUUGGGGACACGGGUGGUCGCCGUGGGGCUGGCGGGGCUCGCACCGAGGGUCCCACGCAGCACCCGCUGCUGCGCAUCGGCAGCGUCAGCCUCCUGCAGCCCCCGCCCGGGCCCGCCCUGCAGGAGCAUCACCUGGAUGGCAACGUCUUCAUCCGCCUGCCCGACAAGCCCCUGAAACCGGGGGAGGUGCUGAGCAUCCUCCUCUACCUGAUGUCCAACUCCACGGUGGAGCACUUCACCCUCCGGGUGAAGGCCAAGAAAGGUGUGAACCUGCUCAGCACCAAGUCCAGGAGCGGGCAGUGGCUGGUGAGCUCAGAGCUGCUGACGGGUGGCAAACACUCCACUGCCACCGUUGAUGUGUCCAGAGUGGAUGGAGCCGGGCCCAGGGAUGGGGACUCCUCGUCUGAGAUCAUGCAGCUGGAUUUUGAGAUGGAGAACUUCACCAGCCAGUCGGUGACGCGCCGCAUAAUGUGGCACAUCGACUACCGGGGCCGCAACCCCCCACCCGACCUGGAGAAGGUGGUCACAGAGCUGACGGUCAUCCAGAGGGACAUCAGGGCCAUCGUGCCCCUGGCCAUGGACACAGAGAUCAUCAACACAGCCAUCCUGACGGGGCGCACGGUGGCCAUUCCUGUCAAGGUCAUUGCCAUUGAGCUGAGCGGCGGUGUCGUGGAUGUGUCAGCCAUGGUGGAGUGCAAGUCCAACAACGAGGACAUCAUCAAGGUUUCCAGCAGCUGCGACUACGUCUUCGUCAGCGGGAAGGAGUCGCAGGGCUCCAUGAGUGCCCGGGUCACCUUCACCUACGAGCACCUGUCAGCCCCGCUGGAGAUGACAGUGUGGGUGCCCAAACUGCCCCUGCACAUCGAGCUCUCGGAUGCCCGGCUCAGCCAAGUCAAGGGCUGGAGGGUGCCCAUCCUGCCGGACAGGAGGUCGGUACGGGACAGUGAGCACGAGGAGGAUGAGGAUGAGCGGAAGCAGAGCCGGGGCUGUGCCCUGCAGUAUCAGCACUCCACACUGCAGGUCUUCACCCAGUUCCACACCACAGCUGCUGAGGGCACGGGCCAGGUGGUCACCAUGCUGGGGCCGGACUGGCUGGUGGAGGUCACCGACCUGGUCAGCGACUUCAUGCGUGUGGACGACCCGCGGGUGGCCCACUUGGUGGACAGCUCCACGCUGGCCGGGCGGGAGCCGGGCACCACCCUCUUCAAGGUGGUGUCCCCGCUGGUGGAGGCGGUGCUGGGUGAGACGCUGGUGACGGUGGCAGAGGAGAAGGUCAGCAUCACGGACCUGAAGGCCCAGGUGGUCUCCAGCCUCUCGCUGUCCCUCCACCCCAGCCCUGGCAACAGCCACACCAUCAUCGCCCGCACGUCCGUGCAGCAAACCCUGAGCUUCUUCAAGCAGGAAGCGCUGCUGAGCCUGUGGAUUUCCUACAGCGACGGCACCACGGCCCCCCUGUCCCUCUACGACCCCAAGGACUACAACCUGGUGGUGAGCAGCCUGGACGAGAAGGUGGUGACGGUGACCCAGGACCGGGCGUUCCCCUUGGUGGUGGCGGAGAGCGAGGGCGCGGGGGAGCUGCUGCGGGCGGAGCUGGUCAUUUGCGAGAGCUGCCAGAAGACCAAGCGCAAGAGCGUCCUCUUCACGGCCUUGGCCACCGUGCGCGUCCACUUUGGGUCCGAGGAGGACCCCACCUACGACUACGACCACGUGUCCAGCAGGCCGGGGCUGGGGGAGGCCGGGGCGAGCACCACCCUGCGGGCAGAGGUGGACAGGAAAGCGGACCCGAGCGAGGACAGCCGGAUGUCCAGCGCGUCUCACCCAACCGAGGACUUCCCCACCAUCCCCACCGGCUUCGUGCAGGUGACGCGGGGGCUGACGGACCUGGAGAUCGGGAUGUACGCCCUGCUGGGCGUCUUCUGCCUGGCCAUCUUGGUCUUCCUCAUCAACUGCAUCGUCUUUGUGCUGAAGUACCGGCACAAGCGCAUCCCACCGGAAGGCCAGACCAACAUGGACCAUUCCCACCACUGGGUCUUCCUGGGCAAUGGGCAGCCCUUGCGGGCUCACAAUGACCUCUCCCCGCAGCCCGAGAGCCCGGGGAACCCGCUGGAAAACGUGCAGACCUGCUGCCACGGGGACCACCACAGCAGCGGGAGCUCUCAGACCAGCGUGCAGAGCCAGGUGCACGGGCGCGGGGACGGCUCCUCGGGGGGCUCCACGCGGGACCAGAGCGAGGACCCGCUCAACUCACCCACCUCCAAACGGAAGAGGGUGAAGUUCACCACCUUCGCCACCAUGCCCUCGGACGAGCUGGCCUACAACUCCAUCCCCAUCGCCGAUGAGGAGGACUUGGAGUGGGUGUGCCAGGACAUGGGGCUGCAGGACCCCGAGGAGCUCCACAACUACAUCCGCAGGAUCAAGGAGAUCGCUUAA